AUAUUUAAGUUUAAUAGUAUUUAGUCUGUCAUAGUAAGCAACCGUAGGACCCACGCCGUUGAAACAUUAUGCCUUCCGAAUCAAAACAAGAAGUUGAUAUGAAUAACGAAGAGCUAAUUACCAAAGUCGGUAGUAACAAUGUCAAUAUCAUCAGAGAGUGGUUAUCAAAGCAACCCCAUUUACCAAAAAUAUCAGAUAAGCAAUUGGUGAUAUUUUUAAACUGCUGCCGGUGUAAUCUAGAAACUACGAAAAAAAUGAUAGACGCAUAUUAUACUAUGAGAACUCACAAUCCCGACAUGUUUGACAACAGGAAGAUAUCCGAACUUGCGAAAACAUUCAACAUAUUUUAUUUUCACAAAAUGCCGUUGCUGCCAGAUGGCUCCCGAGCGGGAUUUUCACGUUUACGAGACUUCAAUUCUAAUAUUUUUAACACGUUAGAUACUAUACGACUUGUAUUUGCAAUGUAUGACAUAUGCAUCUAUGAAGAUCCUCUAGCGCCACAAUGGAAAUUCGUGAUGGACAUGACUGGAUUCUCAAUUGGUCAUUUGACUAAAUUAACCAAUUUAGCUCUAAUGAAAAAAUGCUUAGCCUACGUGCAAAUGGCUCUGCCAAUGCGUUUAACAGCAAUCUAUUUGAUAAACGCUCCACCGUUAGCUAACCAAUUGAUGAUGUUUUUAAAGCCAUUAAUGCACAAAGACUUGUAUUCGUUGAUUUCAGUACACCCAACGAGUGACAUGGACAGUGUUUACAAAUCUAUUCCAAAAGAAUAUUUUGCCAGCGAUAUGGGUGGAAAAUCUCCUUCAUUCGAAGCCCAAAAAGAAGCAGCAGAGCAACGUUUUACGAUGUACGAGAACUUUUUUGAAGAUGACGAGAAAAACAACCGUGUAGACGAAAACAAGCGAAUUGAUAAGAAUAAUCGAUUUAAUGGAUCACAAUAUGGGAUCGAAGGAUCUUUUAAAAAAUUAGAAUUGGAUUAAACACUAUAAUUCUUUUUUACAAAUUUAAUUUAUAAUAUCGUGUCUAUUUUACCUGUAUAAUAUAAUAAACAUAGGCAUACUUACCUAUAUUAUAAUUAUUAAUCAUACCAAUUCAUUAACUGUGUACAUUUUAAUUUAAAUAAAUAUGGAGCUAUCAUAUGCUGUAAUAUAAAUUAGUAAUAGGUUUAUUGAUGUUCAAUUUUUUCUAAGAUUGAAAUGAUUAAAUAAUGAUCUAUAUAUUAUCUGUGUAUUGACUAAUAUAAAACUUUCACUGUUUA